ACUCAAUUCAGUACACGAGUUCCCACAUUUAAAUUCUCAGUAUUUGACGUCAUUGAGUAUCGCUUCCGUGGAAUUUAUAUCCAAGGUUUUGUCGGCCUUGUCAAUAAGCUCAAUCACCAGAACCCAAGCAAACUACAGAACUACACAUUUUAUUACUAAACAAAAUUAUAGUUCAGUAGGCCACGUCAGUCCUCAAUCCUCAGUUGCUUUCAGUCGGUCGUUUCAUAACCCGCAGAAAAAUCAGUUAUCGAGUCACGUGAAUAAAAUAUUAUUUAUUUUAUUUGUUUAACCAGAUAUCAAAUCAAAUUUUAAACAGCACUAAAAUCUAGGCAUCAUGAGUUACAAUUAUCAGGGUCCACCAAUGCCGUUCCCAGGACAAAAGCCGACAACUUUCGAAGCACAUCCUGGUGCAUCUUCUGCCCCUGGAGCUCAACCUUAUCCUCAAAAUAACUAUGGAUUUAAUCCAGUUCCAGCGCCAUUUAAUAUGCCGCAACCUUUCGCGUCUCCAUACCCAUCAAAUCCGUACCCGCAGUCUACUAAUCCAUCGAUGCCUUAUCCAAAUCAAUCAGACUUUUCUUCUCCUUAUCCUUCUAAUCCUCCGAAUGCUGCAUAUUCUUAUCCUAUGAACCCUGGACAAGCUUGUCCUCAAAACCCUGCACAGUUUUGUCCUGAUAAAAAUUCAGGGUUUCCAGCACAGCCUUACGCACCGCAAUCUUACCAUGGCAUGACUUAUCCCGGCCAACCGGCUAUGAAUCCUGGCAUGGGUCAUUCUAGUCCCCCUAGCAUGAAUUAUCCCAGCCAACCAGCUAUGAAUCCCGGCAUGGGCAUGAACACAAACUAUCCUGGAAAUGCUAGUUCUCACACUAACGCUUACCCUGGAUCCUAUCCUGGGGGUCAAGGGGCAGGAGGUUAUCAGUCUGCUACUUCGAUGGCUUCUAUGUCAUCUUACCAUUCUUCUGCCUCUGCCCCCAAGAUGUCUCCAGUAAAUCCAAAGCCAUCUCCAACGGUAGUACCAUUCCCUGCUUUCAAUCCUCGAGAGGAUGCUGAAGUUCUUCGGAAAGCGAUGAAAGGAUUCGGUACUGAUGAGAAAGCGAUCAUUAAUGUCCUCGCCAACCGAACAAAUCUCCAGAGACAGGAAAUAGCUUUCCAGUUUAAAACACUUUAUGGAAAGGAUUUGAUAAAAGAUUUGAAAUCUGAGCUCUCUGGAAACUUUGAAAAUCUUGUCGUUGCGAUGAUGACACCGAUUCCCAAUUAUUAUGCUAAAGAACUUCAUGAAGCCAUGUCUGGAAUUGGAACUGAUGAAUGUGUUCUAAUUGAAGUCAUGUGCACGAUGUCUAACCAAGAAAUUCAUAUGAUUCGCCAGGCUUAUGAAUCUAUUUACGGACGUUCGUUGGAAGAUGAUCUUCGCCAAGACACUUCCGGUAGCUUUGAACGUUUAAUGGUGUCACUGUGCUGUGGACAUCGUGAUGAAUCAUUCGAGGUAAACCAAAGUGCUGCAAUGGAAGACGCUAGAAGACUUUUGCAGGCCGGAGAAUUACGUUUUGGCACUGACGAAUCUACUUUUAAUGCCGUUUUGGUACAACGUAGUAUUCCACAAUUGAAACAAAUAUUCGCGGAGUAUCAAAAUAUCACUGGAAAUUCUAUAGAAGAUGCCAUUAAAAAUGAAUUCAGUGGUGAUAUUGAGAAAGGACUUCGUGCUAUUGUUCAAUGUGUAAAUCAUCGUGCUGGAUUUUUCGCGAAACAACUUCACAAAAGUAUGAAAGGAAUGGGUACUGAUGAUCGUAGACUCAUCAGACUUGUCGUUACACGCUCUGAAAUUGACAUGGGAGAAAUAAAACAAGCAUACAUUCAACAGUAUGGAAAAUCAUUAGAAGAUGCCAUUUCUGAUGACUGCUCAGGACAUUACAAAAAAUGUCUGGUGGCAUUGGUCGCUUAAAUGAAAACUAAGUACUUAUCACAAGGGUAUUUUGCAUUUAAUCAGAAAUGAUCGACAAUUAUUCAAAAAUAUUUAAUUCUGCUUAUUAUCUAAAUUAAUUUAAAAAAUAUAUUAUGAAGUAUUAAAAAAAAAUAAAUUUGUGCCAAUCAAAAGUGAAAUUAUGUUUAGUGUUAAAAAUAGAAUCGUCAAUUUCGAAAAAGGUAUCUCUGAAAAUUGAUAUUUUUCAGGAGCAGAAAAUAUUUUUUUAAAAUUAUUGAGUAGAGAUCAAAUGACAUGACACUAAAAGUGUAGUAAAGGUAUCAAAUAUAUACUGAUUUAUUUAGUACAUAAAAAAGUACUACAAUGAUAAAGAAAGUUUAUAAGAAUGGGCUUCCUAUUGAUAUCAGUUCGAUAAAUAUAAAAAGUUGGAGAGAAAAAAAUCUUUUUUGGAAUUGACAAGUAAAUUGAAAGCGAGGCCUUCUAAUUCAAAACGUCGCAAAUGUUGGAAAGUAAA